UUAUUAGUAGGUAUAUAAUAACAAAUCAUUGAAAUAACCCAAAAGCAUUGGCAAGAUUGGUAUUUAUAAAAAGUAGAUUAUCACCAUGACUUGCACAAUUUAUUAUCGUAAAAUUAUCGUAAGCGUGACGAGCAGAAACCGCUUCUAAUACUUCAGCUAACCUAACCUAACCUACCGUAAAUUUAAGUAGGUAUUUAAAGAUUUCAUUAACUUAAAAGUUUCAUCUGGGUGGGUUUUUGGGCAUGUUAAACACAAAAAACAGUAUAAUUAUUAUGAAAACUUUGCGCGACAGUAUGGAACUAAACACGAGUAUAUUUAAUAGCCUCAAAAUUUAUGGAGUAGGUCGGCGGAUGCUUGACGAUAUUCUAUUCGCUAGUGACAAACCUCCGCCGCGCCUCGGCAUUUACGAUUUAGACGACGAAAACCUGUGUCACGAACUGAUAAAGACUACGUGCAACGUCCCUGGUUGCGUUUUCACAGCAGACACACUAUUAGAAUACGAAAGCCAUUACAAUGCGAGCCACAGAUAUGUCUGCUCUCAAUGCAAGAAGAUGCUGCCUUCGCCGCAUCUGCUGGAUAUACACAUUCAAGAGACACACGACUCUUUCUUUGCUGUGAUGUCCGAGCGAAAACCUUCGUUCUGUUGCUACAUAGAAGAAUGUAAAGAGAAAUUCCAGACUUCUGAUGAGCGAUUAAAACAUUGUGUCGAAGUUCACAAACUUCCAAAAGAUUUUAGAUUUGAACAAACACAUAAAAAAGCCAAGAAAUCCAAACAAAAGAAGACGGACAAUAGUAUGGAUGUGGAAGAAGCUUCAAGUUCUAAAGUUGAUUAUUCGAAGUUUAAGUUCACAAAUAGUAAGCAGAAAGGAUUUUCUAAGUAUACUGGAAGAUUAUUUACUGAGAAUGAAAAAGGUUCAACAUCUUCAGGCGUAGACAUGGAUCAAGUAAUGGAGGAUUUGAAAACAAAUUUGCCCGAAUAAAACUGACGACAUCUUGUUAAAUUUUAUUAUAAUUUCACAAGCACAUCACGUUAGAUAUUUACGCUAAAUCUAGAUAAUUGCAUCAAAUUGGCAAUUUUCCAAAGAUCUAAAAAAUCUUAAAGAUGUUUUAAAGCAAUUUUUUAGAUUCUAGAACGUGUAUUCAAUUUCAAAUCAGUAGCAUUUAACACUCAAUAAGAAUUGUAUUAAACAAACAUUACCUGUUAUUAAUAAGCAAACACUACAGAGGCAGUAUUAAUCUCUAUAAUA